AUGCUAUUUAAACAAAUUAGAAAGAUGCAUGUUAAACCUAUUAAAAUGAGAUGGAUGACCGGCGGGGUCAAUUACAGUUAUCUGUUGAGUACGCAAGAUAGCAGUCAAUCAUGGUUGAUUGACCCAGCAGAAGCGAUGGAAGUGCUGCCCGCGUUGAAUAGCGCAGAAAAAUCUAGUAUACAAGCUAUAGUGAAUACGCAUCAUCAUUAUGAUCAUGCCGGAGGCAAUGUUGCCGUUUUGGCAAGUUUGAAACAGACAUCAAAUCAUCCAAUAAAGGUAAUAGGUGGCUCUAGAGGCUCACCUGCUGUCACUGACAUUCCUAAGGAUCUGCAACAUUACAAGUUAGGUGAUUUAGACAUCACAAGUAUUCGCACUCCAUGCCACACCCAAGAUUCUGUAUGCUAUCAUGUUAUUGACCCUGAGACAAAUGAACAGGCAAUCUUCAGCGGUGAUACCUUGUUCACUGCUGGCUGUGGGCGAUUUUUUGAGGGAACCGGCGAGGAAAUGGACGCCGCAUUGAACGAGAAGAUUUUGAAGGGCGUAAAAGAGCCCAAUUGGGGCACAACUAGGGUAUUUCCUGGUCACGAAUAUACUACUGGAAAUGUAGAGUUUAUUCGCAAAGCGAUUUAUCCAAAUGUUGGUGACAAUAAGUAUUUUGACGCUUUGGAAGAUUAUUGUCAUGAACACGAAGUCACUACAGGAAAAUUUACGCUUUACGAUGAAUUGAUGUUCAACCCAUUUAUGAGACUGGAUGACAAACUGGUAAGAAAAGCUAUUGGUGACGAGAACUGUACUUGGUCUAGAGGCAGAGUUAUGGAUCAACUAAGAAAAAUGAAGAAUGCAGCUUGA